AUGGCAGACAGUGUUGUAAUUGAGAAAAAUGAUAUUAUUCUUGAUAGGCUGGAUGCCGUCAAAGAUUAUUUUUCGCAGAAGCAAUCAAUUCCUAUUGAUACCAUUAUCGCACAUUUAAAGUAUUUUUUAACAAUUUCAAGUCGAUAUUAUUUCUUCAAUUAUUUACCAAACAGUAUCAGGACGAUUCUAGUACUUUUUGAUGAUAUCAAAAACGAAGGUCCCAACACUUUUAAAUUCCAAAAUGCUGCAGUUCGUUUUAAUCAAAUAUAUGAUUUAAUUAUAGCUACAAAACCAUCAACAGAAUCAUCAGAUACUCUCAGAAAGAUCAUUUCUGUUACUCCAUUCGAACUAGAAUCACAAACAAUGAAGUAUCACUGGAGAGAGCAGUAUACAUUUGAAGAAUCGAUAUUUUUCAGUGAUGAUCACCUGAAGCCGUUCAUUGAUAAGUUCCUUGAUGAGCUAGACCCAGCAAAAACGUAUUAUCAAAUUUUGGAUUUCUCCAAAAACUGCGCAUCUUAUCUACAGGAAGCAUAUAGUAUCACAGAAGCACAACCACAGAUACAAGCAUUCUCAUCAAGAGCUCUUUGGAAGACAUAUUUCAAGUUUGCAGGUUCAAUUUUCCCUUAUCAUCCAACAGAUGAGAAAUUCAUCAAGCAAGUAUCUUACCUUCGCUCGCGGCCACCUUCUGACCUCAUGAUUCGUGAAAAAUUCUUACCAAGCGGAACAUUUGAUGUUCCCUUGAACAAACAGCCAACAUUAUACAAGCAUACUGUCGACGCAGCAAACUACUUAGCAUUCGAUGAAAUUCCAGACGAUUUAUUUUACCACAUUUCAGUUCUUCACGAUAUUGUUUUCGAAGAGUUAGUUACAGUCAUGUAUAACCGUACAGAUAAAAAACAACCGUUAUCCCAAUACAGAGCUGACGUUUCUUUAGGUCAAGAAGAUAUUAUGCCGAUUAUUAUCAUGAUUCUUGUUUUGGCUGACAUUCCGAACCUCCCUGAUAUUGCUAAUUUCUUUAAUGACUAUACAACUCAAAUCGAAGUUAAUUCAAAGAGUGGCUUGUAUAUGGCGAAUAUCCUUACAGCGUUUGGAGCAAUUAUGAAUUGGGAAAUCCCUCAAUAG